UAUCAAUAUCGGUCCCAUUACAUGGAAAAGUCUCAAAUCCGGAUUUCUAAAUCAGUGACCAUCGUGCCGUAUCCAUUUCUAAUUUUAAAUUGACAUCUAACGUUUCCGUUUUGUGGGAAAAAACAGUCUGAAAUCGAAGAAUGCAAGAAAAAUGUGAUAUUGUUGAAGAUCCAUGUGAAACGUACAGUAAUUCGACAUGGAACCAAAAGCUGUUGAACUUGCCCUCAGUGGUAAGAUGUCGUAUUCUGUCUUUCUUGGACUGGGAAAAUCGGAUCCUAGCAGGGCAGGUUAUCCCUGGUUGGUACACUGAGCUUCAUACCUCUUUUUCUUGGGCCUUUGUGGAGUUCACCAAUUGGGCUAUAGGACUCCCCAACGGUUUUAACAGUGCCUUCAUUGAUGAGGGGAAACAACAAGAAAGAUGUAUUGAGGAGUUUGGGAAAUAUUUUCAGCACAUUACGAUAGCAUUGUCAGUGUUCGAUGUUCAAGAAAAUAGCCAUGGUAUACAUUUGCUCAAUAAGCUUGUCCAGUAUUGUCCAAGUCUCAAAUCACUAAAAAUUUACCAUGAGUUAAUGUUCUGUACUUUUGAAGGAAAAUGGGAAGACUAUUUAAUACCUUUAAAAAGAUUGUGUGAAAAGUCAUUGAAGAAUGUGCAACUGUGUAGCUUGGAUGAUUGUCCACGAAAUAUUGAAACUAAAAACUGUAAAUUCUUUGAGGUGAUGCAAGAGGUGUCUAUGUGUGAGCGAGUGGAUGUGUUGGAAUUUACCCUUCACAGUUACUGUCACAGACCUGUCAAAGGCUUAAGUCCAUUCCACAAUCUACACACACUGAAGACAGAGCACAGCAGUAUCAGCACAGCUAUUAUACAAGAUUUGGUCAAACAGAACCUAAAACACAUAUACAUUAUCCGAGACCAGAACACAGAGAAAUGGACAAGUGGUACAACACCCAUACAGUGGGGUGAUAUCAAACCAAGGAGGGGCCUUCAAGUACAUUACAUCUUUGAUGAGAUCAAAGUACGACUUGAUGACUUUGCUUUGAAUCCAUAUUUAGUGUCCAUCACAUUGAGGAAAGUGCCAAACGCAUUAUCAAGGGAUGUCUUGAGAAACAUAGCAGCAUUAUAUGCCAACAGUUUACACACUUUCGCCCAUCUGUCAAUGCUUCAUCCCACGUUGCCACCUUAUGAUGAUAUGGAAUCAUUACCUUGUGAUUACUAUUACUUUGCCAGUCAGUGUAGAAAUCUACGGACUUUCAUUUCUGGCAUUCCAUUGCCAUGUGAGGCAGUGUGGUGCCUAGCAAUGAAAGCUGACAAAUUGCAGAACCUACACAUUCAAAAGGGACAGUUACUGUACAACUACCAGGUUUGCAUGCCUGUUCCAUCCACACUCAGAGAGGGUGGCGGUGUUCUGGACAGUGAGACAAGUUUACGUAAGGAGGUUUCUCAUUGGAUGGGCUUCAGCUGGACACCUGUACUGGAGGAGGAGCUUAUUGAGAAGACUGACAGGCUGCUCCAUUUCUAAAUAUAAUAUCAAGGUCAACAGGAAAUGCCUUUGACCACGUCUAUAAAUCACAUGUUGUUUUUAAAAAAUGUUAAAUGAUUUGUUAACAAUAUAAUUCCCACUUUAAUUUACAUAUAAUUUACUAGUAUGAUUGAUGUAGCAGGCAAAUCAUCAUCAUCAUUUCAUAUUACUAAAGUCUGCUUUCCUGUGUAUGAAAACUUGAUUAUAUGGCUGAAUUAUUGUAAGGUUGGAUUUCUGAGAGCUACAUAUACCUACAUCAGUAUGUGAUAUUAGUAAAACUGUAGAAUCUUAAGCUGUGAUUUUUAUGGAGGAAAUAAAAGUGAUCUGUUUUA